AUGUAUUAGAGGUCCAAGGUGGGCAAGAGGGCAACCCUGCCUGGAGGCCAAGCCUCUUCAUGCCUGCUCCUCCCUGUGCCCCCAGAGCCUACCUGAUCACAGCUGCAGAAUGGCCUCCCGACCAGCUGGAGUUCCUAGCCCACAGCCCUCUAGGGCCAAUGGGAACAUCAAUCUGGGGCCAUCCGCCAACCCAAAUGCCCGGCCCACGGACUUUGACUUCCUCAAAGUCAUUGGCAAAGGGAACUAUGGGAAGGUCCUACUGGCCAAGCGCAAGUCGGAUGGAGCCUUCUACGCAGUGAAGGUGCUGCAGAAAAAGUCCAUCUUGAAGAGCAAGGAGAGCCACAUCAUGGCGGAGCGCAACGUGCUAUUGAAGAACGUGCGGCACCCCUUCCUCGUGGGCCUGCGCUACUCCUUCCAGACCUCAGAGAAGCUCUACUUUGUGCUCGACUAUGUCAACGGGGGAGAGCUCUUCUUCCACCUGCAGCGGGAGCGCAGGUUCCUGGAGCCCCGGGCCCGGUUCUACACUGCAGAGGUGGCCAGCGCCAUCGGCUACCUUCACUCUCUCAACGUCAUUUACAGAGAUCUGAAGCCAGAAAACAUUCUCUUGGACUGCCAGGGACACGUGGUAUUGACAGAUUUCGGCCUUUGCAAGGAAUGUGUAGAGCCGGAGGAGACCACAUCCACCUUCUGUGGCACCCCUGAGUACUUGGCUCCUGAAGUGCUCCGUAAAGAGCCGUACGACCGAGCAGUGGACUGGUGGUGCUUAGGGGCAGUCCUCUACGAGAUGCUGCAUGGCCUGCCUCCCUUCUUUAACAGGGACGUGGCCCAGAUGUAUGAAAAUAUUUUGCACCAGCCGCUGCAGAUCCCUGGAGGCCGGACGGUGGCUGCCUGUGACCUCCUGCAAGGCCUGCUCCACAAAGACCAGAGGCAGCGGCUGGGCUCCAAGGAAGACUUUCUUGACAUAAAGAACCAUGCGUUCUUCAGUCCCAUAAACUGGGAUGACCUGUACCACAAGAGACUGACCCCACCCUUCAACCCAAACGUGGAAGGACCUGCUGACUUGAAACACUUUGACCCAGAGUUCACCCAGGAAGCUGUGUCCAAAUCCAUUGGUUGCACCCCUGACACCCUGGCCAGCAGUUCUGGGGCCUCAAGUGCAUUCCUUGGAUUUUCCUAUGCACAGGAUGACGACGAUAUCUUGGACUCUUAAAGAGACAAACGCUUGUGAAGCCACCAAGACCGGCUGACAACUGUGGGGACUACCUCCUCUGCUGCCAGUAAGACACAAUGAGUUUGAUGACUCAAAGAAGAGGGAAGUGUUUUUCCAUCACACAAAAGAACAGUGCAGGCCUCGGGCUGGCAGGAUACCAAGUGCCCAGUUAUCUGUAGUUCUGAUUUGCCCUUCUCGGGAAAUGACUUCUGUGUUUAGUUUUUGUUGUUGUUGCUGUGACAAAAUACCCAAGAAGAGCAAGGUAAAGAGGCUCUGUCUGGGCUCACGACUGCAGCGGUUUCAGUCUGUGGUUGGCUGGUCCCACUGCUGUGGUCUCUAGCCAGAGCUGACUCGUCUUGGUGG